AUGUUAGGUUCCGUGAUAGGUUCUACGACGCGCCAGAAACGAGCCACAUAUGUUCAACCUACAACUAGUAACUUUCAUAUUGUGCGUGUGCAAGACUACGUGAGAGAAGACAUAAUCUCUAAGUUAGAAGUUGCAAAAGAAGAUGCGGUUCAAUCGUAUUUUGUUCCAACACUCCAAACAAUUUGUUCUGAACAACUAGCCCGAGAUUUUUCCAAGAUGCCAGAAAUCGAUACUCUACAAAACAAGGAACCCCACCUCUAUAACAUGAUUUUAAGUUGUUUGACGGAACCUUUGAAUGGGUCACAUACUAGCCCGCUGCUACGGGUAUGUGUGGAACGUGUGUCGGAUGAGUCCUAUUGGAAGCGUUGCUGUAUGUCAAGAUGGUCAUCCGGACAGCUUUCAGCAUUUCUAGGCAACAAUGAGCAAUUGCUAAACAAGAUCUAUGGAUGGAAAGGGCUUUAUCUUGAGCACUAUCUGAGCGACUUUUUGUUAUAUAUGCGAGGCAAAAGCGCAAAACGUGUUCCCUUCUCUCAAACAACGUUUCCAUCAGAAGGGAAUGAUUUAAAUGGUGGGGACAUAGUGUGGGCUUCUGAAGAUGACCUUCAAGUCCUGGCAGAUUUAUGUGUGUUGUGUCGUGAUUAUGUCCACACAGUUGAGCUCCCUUGCCAGUUUACACAUCUUAAUUGGUACAGUCAGCUUUUUUCUAUGCUUCCAAACGUUCGAACUUUUCGUCUGUCCUAUGGUGUGAGCAACAUAGGAACCGAUUAUACGUCUUCCAUGAUGGGUUUUACUCGUGACGACGCGGAAAAUAUUCGCAAACUCUUAACAGUUCAUCGUCUAGAAAAGCUGCGAUUGCCUAGUACACGUCUUCAAGACGCGCAUACGAUGGCGAUCUGUGCGGGUCUGGUAAACAAUAAAAGUCUCCGCGUGCUUGAUUUGUCGCACAACGCGAUUGGGGAUAGCAGUAUAAUCAACGCGCUUGCAGUGUUGCUCUCCCAGCCUGAUUUUCCCCUAGAGGCGUUGUAUUUAGGGGAUAAUAACAUCACCGGGGAGGGGGCUCGAGCCCUAGCAGAGGCCUUGGAGGUGAACAAAUCGCUGCGCAUUUUGUACCUUGAUCAGAAUCGAAUCCCUGAUGAAAACGCUGGGGAUCUCUUUGUGCGCACGCUUGUCAAUGCGUCCUUAUUGCAGGAACUGCAUUUGGGAUAUAACGUCCUCGGGGUAUCGACCGCUACGGCGCUGAUCGAAGUGCUUCCACAGCUGCAGACCUUGCGAUGGUUGAAUAUUGCCGGAAAUUACCGGUUGGGGGGAGGAUAUUCAGAAAAGAAUAUUGAAGAUCUCAUUGGAAUUGAGACUCUGCUCACAAGUGGCAGCUCGCAUCCCGAUGCAAAUAUGCCCCCUAUGGAUAAAGCUAACAGUGCCCAGGAACCUUGUGAAUCGGAAAAUGAGGAGGUCAAGGAAGAUCAUGAAGAUGAGGAGCAUGUGUUAGAAACCGAGAAUAUGGAUGAUGGCUUCGUAUCUGUUCUAUCGUUAUCCGACAAAGAUCCUGACGGGAAAGAGAACAAUACGCAACAAAAUAAAGAUGAAAAUACUGAGGUAGCCGCUCCUUCCGUACGGUGCAUGAAGAUCAGUGUUACCGGAUCAAAAUUGUUAAAAUCAAUUUACGACAACACAUCUUUAACUUAUAUUGACGUCAGACGCUGUGGUUUCACUCUUAAUGAAGAACAUGCUAUAGAGAAGGUUGUGCGAAGUCGACCAAGUGGCAAAUAA